GUGAAGAGUAAAUUUCUUACUGUUGGUGUUCAUUAUGGGGGCAAUUUUUACAUUCGGCCAAAUAUCUCAACAUAUAUUGGAGGUGAGAGUGUUAUUGUAGAUUAUGUUGACUUUGGGCAAGUUGGUCUUGAUGAUUUUGUUAGUGUUGCACAGAGGGGAGGGGUUAAAAAGCCCAUGAGGUUUUAUGCCAGAACAGGUGGUUGGUUUCUUUUAUUAAAUGAUGACAUGGAUUUGUACAGGAUUUGGGAUGAGAAAGUGGGUACUUUUAGAGACAUUCAUAUUUAUGUGGGUGAUAUGAAAGGUCAAAGUGGAGGUUCAGUAAAUGGUGAAGAUAGAGGAGAAGUAGGAGAUGGACUGGUUGGUGAGAAUGAUUGUGGAGUAGGAGAUGGACUGGUUGGUGAGAAUGAUUGUGGAGUAGGAGAUGGACUGGUUGGUGAAAAAGUGAAUGACAGUGAUGGUGAGGGAGAUGAUGACAGUGAUGAGUUGUAUGAUUCAGAGUAUGACAAGAGUGAAGAUAGAAUAGAUGAUAGGUUGUUUUCUAAAUAUGUUGAUGGUGAAGCUGAGUGGGGAGGAUGCAAGUUGAAAGCUAUUGCAGAUCAGAAGGGAGAACCCCAUUUUCAGUAUGCAUUGUUGUGGGACUACUGUGAGGAAAUAAGAAAAACAAAUCCGGGGAGUACUGUAGUCUUAGAUACUAACCAGUGCAAUGGUGAGAACAUAUUUCAGAGGUUCUACAUAUGUCUAAAUGCACUAAAACAAGGAUUUAAGGCUGGCUGUAGACCCUUGGUAGGUGUGGAUGGCUGCCAUUUAAAAGGGCCUAAUAAAGGUAUAUUACUUACUGCUGUGGGCAUUGAUCCUAAUAAUGCUCUUUUUCCCUUGGCAUAUGCAGUUGUUAAUGUGGAGAAUAGAGAUAAUUGGGAA